GCUGCCCACGGAGGACGAGGACAGGGACAAGGACAGACAUGGCUGCCCCCAGCCAGCCCCAGCAGGCCACCUACGACGCCAUCGUCAUCGGGGCUGGCAUCCAGGGCUCCUUCGCUGCCUACCACCUGGCCCGGCGCCACAGGGACACGCUCCUGCUGGAGCAGUUCCUCCUGCCCCACUCGCGGGGCAGCUCGCACGGGCAGAGCCGCAUCACCCGCAGCGCCUACCCCAAAGCACCCUACGCCCGCAUGAUGCCCGACAGCUUCCAGCUCUGGCAGCGGCUGGAGGAAGAGGCCGGCACCAGCCUCUACAGGCAGACGGGGCUGGUGGUGCUGGGGCCGGCGGGUGACCCGGAGCUGGAGAGCUGCCGGCACAGCCUGGGUGACACCCAGCUCCUCGAUGCCGUGACGCUGGCCCAGCGCUUCCCCGGCCUCCGGCUCCACCCCGGUGAGGUGGCCCUGUGGGACGGCACUGCCGGGGUGCUCUUCGCCGACCGGGCACUGCGGGCAGUGCAGGAUGUCUUUCGCCGGCACGGGGGCACCCUGCGGGACGGGGAGAAGGUGCUGAGCAUCCAACCCGGGGCUGUGCUCACAGUCACCACCACUGCUGGGAUGUACCGAGCCCCCCGGCUCAUCAUCACAGCUGGAGCCUGGACUGGUGCCCUCGUGGCACCCCUGGGCCUCCACCUGCCACUGCAGCCCCUGCGCAUCGAUGUCUGUUACUGGAGGGAGAAGGAGCCAGGGACCCCCAGUGCCGGCAGAACCAGUCCCUGCUUCAUGACCCUGGGGCUGAGCCAAGCCCCCCACGGUAUCUAUGGGCUGCCUGCCCUCGAGUACCCAGGGCUGGUCAAGGUGUGCCACCACCAUGGCAGCCCCACUGACCCCGAGGAGCGGGACUGGGCACCCCCGGGUGCUCCUCGCCCUGAUGUCACUCUCCUGAGCACCUUCAUCAGCAGCUACUUGCCUGGGCUGGAGCCCCGGCCAGCCGUGGUGGAGACCUGUCUCUAUACGAACACCCCGGACGAAGACUUCAUCCUGGACCGGCACCCCAAGUUCAGCAACAUCAUCAUUGGGGCUGGUUUCUCAGGGCACGGGUUCAAGCUGGCACCGGUGGUGGGGAAGCUGCUGUGCGAGCUGAGCCUGGGUGAGGAGCCGUCCCACAGCACAGCCCCCUUCGCCAUCUCCCGCUUCCUCACGGCUGUGCUGUAGUGGGACCUGGCCCUGCCCACGCGGCACCGGGCUGGCCUGCAGCAGUAUCCCUGCAUCCCGGUGCCCUUGCACCCCAGUAUGUCAGCAUCCCUGCAUCCCCUCGUGUCACCAUCUCUAUCUCCCUGCAUCCACCAACCCAGCACCCUUCCAUCCCACAGCCCUCCAUCUGUGCACCCCAGUACCCCAGCACUUUGACAGCCCAGCACCCCUACAUCCCAGUACCCCCGCAUCCCCAUACCCCUGCAUCCCUAUACCCCAGCAUCCCAGUACCCCUCCAUCCCUGCAUGUCCAUAUCCCAGCACUGACAGCCCAGCAUCCCAGCACACCUGCAUCCCCAUAUCGCUGCAUCCCAGCAUCCUGGUACCCUGCCUCCCCACAUCCCGGCAUCCCCCCUGCCGCGGUGCCAAGCCGUCUCUACCGAGCACCCGCUCCCUGGAAACAAAUUAAGAAGCUUUGUCAGCCUCAUGAAGAUGGAGCUGGAACAGUGCGGAGAGACACACUCACUUAGGAGUCAAGUUAAAUGUUUUAAUGUUAAA